UCAGCUGAACAGAAGCCACGUGAUAAGGAAAAGACUGCACGAAAAAAUAUCGGACACCUCAACACUGUCAUCCCAGAUGAAUUUUCACCAAGACAAAGGGCCCAGAUUAAUGAAUUAUAGUCAGUCAACAGAAGAUUACAGACAACUCUCUGUGGAUUAUAGUGACUCUAAUAGUAUUUCUGAAAGCACAUCUUUGACGCUGUCUAACCGAGGACACAGGAGAGGAAGAGUUCCAGAGACACACAGAUCAUAUGACACCACACUUAGUGGGUCAAGGACACAAAGUAGCUACAAGCUCUUCAUAAACAGGUCGGUGAGUGCUGUAGAAGAAAUCCCAGGUGGAACUCAGAAGAACAACCGACAGAACCUGCUAAGCUUGGGCUCCACCUUCUCUGUGUCUACAAAGGACUACUCAGCAGCUGCUGCAUCACAGAAAUGUUUGUUCCACAGGAAGGAAAAGUUUUCAGGUCCAGAAUUUAUUAUUUUGUCUAGUGAACCACCAGUGACCUUACAGCUACCUGGAUCAAUUGUGACUAAAAAAGGGAAAUCCUACUUGUCCCAAAGGGACCUCAAUGUGAUUCUACUCAAUGGCCAGUGCCUUGAGGUGCAAUGUGACAUCAAGACCAAGGCAAGAGAUGUUUUCAACACCGUGGUGGCAUAUGCAAACUUGGUGGAACAUUUCUACUUUGGCUUGGCUUACCUGAAAGGUAAAGAAUUUUUCUUUUUGGAUGAGGAGACCAAACUCUACAAAGUGGCCCCAGAUGGCUGGAAUGACCAACACAAGAAGAAAAUGUCCAUCAUUAAUUUCACACUCUUUCUAAGGAUAAAAUUCUUUGUCAACCACUUCAGUGUUAUUCAGCACGGCUUGACAAGGCAUCAGUUUUACCUGCAGCUUCGUAAAGAUAUUUUGGAGGAGCGAUUAUAUUGCAGUGAUGAGACUGCCCUGAAACUCGGCGCUUUGGCUUUACAGGCAGAGCUUGGCAAUUAUGCUUCUGAGAUGCAUGGAAAGAACUAUUUUCGUGUUGAAGACUACGUUCCAGCAAGUCGAAUAGAGAAAAUGACCCUGGCAUAUGUGCAGCGAGAGCUCGCUAAAUUGCACCGCAUGAACCGCUCCCUGUUCGAGGAUGAAGCUGAACUAGAAUUUUUAAAGGUGACUCAGCAACUUCCUGAAUAUGGAGUGUUAUUCUAUCGUGUGUCCCAAGAGAAGAAAGAGACAGAAGGGGACAUAAUCCUGGGAAUCUGUGCCAAAGGCAUCAUCGUCUAUGAGAACAAAAAUCACACAAGAAUUGCCAGUUUAAGAUUCCAGUGGCGUGAAACAGAGAGAAUUUCAGCUCAUAGAAAAAAAUUCAUGAUUGAAAGCAGCUUCAGUGGCAAGAAACACACCUUCAUUACUGAUACAGCAAAGACAUGUAAAUACCUACUGGACCUCUGCUCUGCCCAGCACAAAUUCAAUGCACAGAUGAAUUCUAGGCAACUUCGGCAAAUUUCAUCAGAGGACAGUAAAUUUGUGGAAAUAGACAAAUCAAAUUCUGCAUAUGCAGCUCAGCGUGAACACCUUGCCCUUAUUCAGAGACUGUCUCGCUCAGAGAAUGUGCUCUAUGGAGCAAACCUGGAAAACCUUUCUGCUGGCAUGAUGAGCAAAUCUUGUGAUAACCUCAGUGUGGAAACCAACAACAGGACUAGAGACAAAAGCAAUCUUGGCAGAUCUGUAUCAGGGCUAUCCCAGUCAGAAAUGCACAUCAAUUUGAAUGGAAAGCAAAGGAGUUAUGACUUCCUCUCUAUCCAUUCAACUCAGAACACAGUCAGUGCACCUGGAUCACCAGCCAUGCAAAAGGAAGUUUUGCUGAGUGGUCUAGAAAGAGAAAUCAUUUGUGUCACCCUAAAACGUGACCCUAAGAAUGGAUUUGGUUUUGUAAUUAUUGGAGGAGAAAAUGUAGGAAAAUUAGACCUUGGUAUCUUUAUCGCUUCAAUUAUCCCUGGGGGACCUGCAGACAGAGCUGGAAACAUGAAACCAGGAGGACGACUCAUCUCUGUGAAUAAUAUUAGCCUUGAGGGUGUUUCAUUUAACACUGCAGUUAAAAUCAUACAGAACUGUCCUGAUGAAGUGCAGCUCAUCAUCUCUCAACCCAAAGACAUGUAUGAAGAAGGAUUAAAUGAAGAAAAGAAUCUGUCAAGAGGAAACAGCACUAGUGGAUCUGAGAUCUCUUGUGUAGACAGUGGGAGAAAAAGGAUUCAGGAUUGUCAUACAGCUCUCCCCAAAGAACAGGACACAAAUAUUGAUGAACUUGAGAAGACUCUCUCUUGGAAUUUAGCAUCAAAACUGGGCCCUAGGAUUCCAGUUCCUGAUAGCCUGGAUUUAGAGGCUGCUGAUUCUUCACACUUACCAUCUCCAUCAGAAACCAACUCAAAGGAAAUCUACAUGGUGGAGCUUGUUAAAGAAGAUGGGACUUUUGGAAUCAGCGGUGGAAUUAAUACCAGUGUGCGUCAUGGUGGGAUAUAUGUGAAGUCAAUUAUUCCCAGGGGACCAGCAGAUAAGCAUGGACAAAUAAAGAUAGGUGAUCGUCUGCUGGAAGUAGAUGGCAUCAGCCUCUGUGGCAUCACCCACAAACAGGCUGUGGAACACCUUAAGAAAUCUGGUCAGAUUGCCAAACUGGUUCUAGAAAGGGGAAACUACCAAUUGGCAGAGCCGUGUCUGACUGCUAAUGACAGAAAGGAGUACCAAUGUGCAGUUGUUUCUGUGGCAACAUCCAUCACAGAUGGUAACAAGGACUGCUGCUUUUUGACAGAUGAUAACACAUUUGAAGUGAAAUUAACCAAGAAUUCUGGAGGCCUUGGAUUUAGUGUUCUGCAGAUGGAAGGAGAAGCUUGUGAACACCUUGGAGGAGCAAUUGUCAGGAUCAAAAGACUGUUUCCAGGGCAGCCAGCUGAAGAGAAUGGAGAAAUUGAAGUUGGAGAUGUCAUUUUAGCUGUGAAUGGGAAACCUCUCAAAGGGCUCCUGUACCAGGAUGUCCUGCAUUUGUUAAGAGGAGCUCCUCGAGAUGUUACACUGCUACUUUGCAGACCACCAAAAGGUGUUCUUCCAGAAAUAGAGCAGAUUGCUCUGACUCCAGCACCAUCUCCACUUAAGGAUUUGGUGGCAGAAAUGCCAGGCAGCACAGAGGCAGGAAACAGUAUGGAUCAAUCCACCAGUGAUGGAGGUAGCACCUCUCCAGACCUGGAAGACUGCCUCGAUUCUCCAGUGGGAGAAGAUCUCAGUGAGCCUCCUGAGGAUGACAGCUCAGCCUACGAAGAGCAGGAAGCUGAGUUUGAAGAGAAACCCAUAAAGAAACUCCCAACUUCCAGAGAGAGUUUCUAUAAGCAUCUUUUGAAGAUUUAUCAAGAAGGUUCCAGUUCUGAAGCCUUCCACUCUCUAGAGGAGGAAGUGAAGCAGAAUUGCUACUCACCAUGUGAAUUUGGACAGACCAAAAGCCGUGUAUUUAAUAAGAGUCAUGAUGACCUAUUGAACACAAAAUGUAUGCCUGAAACUCUCUCUCUAACCCCUAUUGAUGAAGAGUAUCUCACUGUCAGCUCCAUGUCUGUGACCUCCCUUCCACGAGGAGGAAGUUCUGAGACAGUCUCUGCGACCCCACAGCCACGUGUCUGUGGUCCCUCAUCAUCAUCCCUGCCUGCUAGAGAGACACAGGACAGUGACAAUGAAUGGGAAGACUUGGAGGAACCAGAGGAAGAGAAGGAAGAAAAUCAAGACUGCACUCAGGAAAUGGAGAUCUUUGUGACUUUGACAAAGUCAGAGAACAAUGGUUAUGGAUUCUCUGUAGUUCUUAACAAAAUGGACACCUGCCUGUAUGUUGAUGAAAUCUUGAAUGAUCCUGCCCUAUCUGAUGGAAGAUUGAGAAGGGGAGACAGAAUCAUUAUGGUGAACGGAAUUGAUGUUACAUCUUUGCCAUGCAAUGAAGUCCUGACGUUACUGCAAAGCUCUCCUCCAGAUCUGCACCUUGUGGUUGGUCGUGCCGACAGUGACCCACGUCACUCAGUUAGGCCAGAUGAGAUUCCUGAAAUUACUCUCUCAAAGGGUGCUGAUGGACAGCUAGGCUUGAAGCUGACAGGAGGAGCUGGAAGCAAGUUACAAGGUAUUUAUGUGCUAGAGAUAGUGCCUGGCUCUCCUGCCAGUGUGGAAGGCAGUUUGCAGCCACAAGAUCAGAUUGUUUACAUCUGUGGACUGUGCACUGAGGGCAUUAGCCUGGAUGAUGCAGUGAGAGUGUGUGAAGCUGCCACCCAGAAUGUUCGAAUCAAAGCCACAAGAAAUGGCAAUCCAGUGGUUCCCAUAGAGCAGGAAAAUAAGAAACAUAUGGAGGAAACAAACUGUGAUGCUCAGCAGAACACUCCUGAUUCUCCAGAAUGUAAAGACUUCAUUAUUAAGAUUGAGCUGGAAAAAGCAGAAAAUGGAAGCCUAGGAUUUGCACUGGUAGGUGGAAAAAAUGGCAGGGCUAUCCUAAUAAAAGCCAUCAGCCCAGACAGCAGUGCAGAUCUAGAUGGGAGACUGCAAGUUGGUGACAUCUUACUUAAGGUGAAUGAGACUUUUGUGUCUGGUCUGCCACGCCAAACAGUCACAGAUUUGCUGCGCAAGGCUCAGGGCACUGUUCAGCUCACUGUCUGCCGAAGCGUGGCUUUGCACUGGGCUUAUUCAGGCACCCAGGGCAACAGAGCCUCCACUCCAAACACAAAAGCAGAGCCUGCAAGUGGUGAGGAAAGCCUGCAAGCUCAGCCUGUUUUCAGUUUCAAGGAAGAAGGCUCCAACCAAAUGUGCAAUAAGGAUGCAGAAAGAACAGACAAAUUUCCUCUGCAAGGUCAGCUGGCUGGACAAGACUAUAAGGAUAUCAUCAGUAACAUUUUGGACAGGUCACAGAAAUGUGCAGAAUGUGAAAGCUGCAGAAGAGAAAAUCAACAGUCUGAGUCAAGCAGCUGGAACAAUGAAGAUGAUGUUAUGCCCCACAGGAUUCCUAUCCUACCUAGAAACAGAACCUUUGCUUCUGGAGAUGAACUGACUCAGUUAAUUAACUUGAAACCAUCACAGAGUGGAGUAGAUCCAAGGACUGGCAUAACAGGUCUUAUUCAAGGACUUCAGCUGCGGAUUGAGAAUCAAGAGGUGCUAAAGGAGUUUAUGGCUUUAGAACAUAUGAAACCAAUAGAUGACUGCAGAACUGGCAAAGCACCAGAAAACCAGAAUAAAAACAGAUACCGAGAUAUCCUUCCAUAUGAUAAGACACGAGUUCCUCUGGGAGAAAGGAAUGGCUACAUUAAUGCAAGUUACAUUAGAAUGAAUGUUGGAGAAGAAGAACACUUUUAUAUUAUAACCCAAGGGCCUCUGCCAUCCACUAUGGACGAUUUCUGGCAAAUGGUCUGGGAGAGUGAAUCAGAUGUGAUUGCCAUGAUGACAAAAGAAGUGGAGCUUGGGCAAGUCAAAUGUCAUCGAUACUGGCCUGAAUCUCCCUACAACUCUAAAGACCUGGCUAAUUUCUGUCUCAGGCUACACAAUUACCAGAUUCUGGAGUACUUCAUAAUUAGAAAAAUAGAAAUUAUCAAUAAGCAGACAGAAGAAAAGCGCAUUAUAAGUCAUUUGCAAUUUACCACUUGGCCAGACCACAACACUUCCAAACUGGCUGAGCAGCUUGUAAAAUUUAUUUGUUGCAUGAGAAAAGCUCACAGGACAGGACCUAUUAUUGCUCACUGCAGCACUGGCAUUGGAAGAAGUGGAGUUCUGCUGUGUGUUGAAAUUCUUCUCAGCCAUAUAGAAAAAGAUCUAUGUUUCAACAUCAAGCAGAUAGUGAGAGAUUUGCGAGACCAGCGUUUUGGCAUGAUCCAAACUAAGGAUGAGUAUUUAUUCUGUUAUCAAGUUGUGCUGGAAGUCCUUCAGAUCCUCCAAGCAAUGGAUUCCUACUGAAUAUGAUUCCUACAAUAUGACUCUUCCUGUUGCUAUUCCACUUGGACACCAGGGACUGCUCAGCAACUACUUUAAAGAGAUGUCAAGCCAUACAACACAGACAACUAUUAUAUUAUAUGCUUUUUUUAGAUUACUCUGAUUUCAAAGUGAUUUAAAAACCUUGCUUAACAUGUCCUGUGUAAGUCAUUUAUUUCUUGGCUCAAAGUAUGAAGAAACCGCCAGCCAGUACUGCAACACUGCUGUGUUAAAUUGCUACAGACAACUUUUGCAUUCUGUGCAAUAAUAUAUUAAUUAUUAGGAAUAUAUGUUGGGACUGUAGCAAGGAUAUAGCAGCCUUUGGAAUUAGCUUCACUAUCCAGAGGGCAACUAUAGAGAUCUAAGAUUCUGUUGGUGGAAGAUUAGUUGCCCCUCAUCUAUUGUUGUGCACUGUUGGCUUCUGGACUGCAGAUCACUGUUUACUCCAGCAGUUAUGCUUUUGACUGGAAGGAGUCAAUUUGGUGACCCUUGGUUGCUUGAAGAAUGUAGAACCAUUUCCAGUCAUUACUCCAGCCCACGAGUUUAUACCACUAUCACUAAACAUCUUAAAUCAAGAAAUUGACAGAAAAAAUAUGAUGCCUUUAAACCCUGGUCUCUUCAAAGGAAGAUAAUAAUAAUAGUAAUAAUAAUUGGAAGGAAUAUUAAUUUU